CCUGCUCUCGGCCCGCGCGGACCCCGCUGCGCACCCGGCUCUCUCCGCGCCCCAGAUCCGGUUCUUAGAAAGUGGAUUACUUUGAAAAUAAAGUACACCGUGAAGACCUCUGAGGGACUCGCUCUUGUCAUCUCAAGUCUCUGAAGGCAGAGCUGGUUGCACUUUUCUUUAAGACAGUUUUCCUGGGAAGUUCACCCUCCGGGAGUGAAACCUUGGCUCUCAGGAUGAUCCUGUCUAACGCCACGGCCAUGACACCUGUGCUGACCAAGUUGUGGCAGGGGACAGUUCAACAGGGCAGCAACGCGUCUGGGCCGGCCCGCAGGUUCCCGGGCCACGAGGAUGGCAAGCUGGCGGCCCUCUACAUCCUCAUGGUCCUCGGCUUUUUCGGCUUCUUCACCCUGGGCAUCAUGCUGAGUUAUAUCCGCUCCAAGAAACUGGAGCACUCCCAUGACCCAUACAACGUGUACAUUGAGUCUGACACUUGGCAGGAGCAGGACAAAGCGUACUUCCAGGCCCGCAUUCUGGAGAGUUGCAGGGCGUGUUACGUCAUUGAGAACCAGCUGGCUGUCGAGCGACCCAGUGCAUACCUUCCUGAGAUGAAGCGGUCGUCCUGACCCCAGGACCGGUCAAAGCUGGACAGAGCCUCCCUGCUGAGCUGAUUUUUCUAAUCACAUGUUCCUUAUUUUCUUUAUUGUAUGAGUAUAAUUGGGGGUUUUGUUUAUCAUAAGGGGUGAAAGGGGGAUUUAAUAUCACUACAUUUCUAAAAUCACAUUCCUUCUAUAAUAGAUUGUCAGCCGUUCCCCAAUAUCCGUGACUGCCUUGUUAAUUGCAGCAAAAUCCCUGCGAUCAUGGCCUCUGAGAAUAAAAGCCAUAUU